AUGCGGUGUUGCCCUGUGCUGCGCACCACGUCCGAUCAAGCGACUCGCGCGCUGACGCUGCCCGCGCUGCUCGACACCGUCCGCCGCGACCCCGGCAUGACGGCAGUGUACUACGCCAACCGCUACUUCGGCAAGGAGCGGCAGAUGGAGGUGACGCGCGUGCUGUGGGGCGAGCUGAAGCUUUACGGUCAGGUGACAAUCGACCGCAUCGACGGACCGGAGGCACCGCCGCGGUGGUACCCAGUCUUCUCGAUGCCGCGCAAGAUCCACGCGAUUCGGCGUCACCGUGCGGAGGAGGAGGACCUCAGCGUCCUACAGCACGACGCCGCCACGCUGUGCGGCACGCCGCCGACCCGCGAGGAGAGCGACGCAGCCGUAUCGUUGGCAGCGUCGGCGGAGAACAGCAUCAUUGGCCUCGUGCAGGCAAUGCCAGGACGCGACAUACAAUUCUACAUCAGCGAGCUACCCGCAGUGAUGCAGCCGUACGCCCCGAUGGCGUUCCGGCGCCUCCGUGAGGCAGCCGUCAUAAUUAGGGAGCAGACGCCGCAAGGCACCUUUGUGUGGAGAUGA